CCACCCACUUCCCCGACGUCGCCGCCCAUAAGUCCCCAACGCCGCCGCCAUUCGCCUCCGAUUCCAUCACCAUUACACGACGGCGACGAUCACCGUCGCUGCCACCCCGCCGCAUCUGAAAUUCCGAGUACGGGGCGCUGGAUCUGAAUCCCGUCUCGAUCCUCCCACCCUGCAACCUAUCACCACGGUAGCGACUCCCUAAGCUCCGGCGGUAGCCGAACCUAGCUGGCGGCCGGUGCCAUGCGACGUGGUGGCGGAGGUGGAGUUAGAGGAGGAGGAAGAGUAGGCCGAGGUGGAGGCGGCUACGGCCGCAGGGACACGCGCCCCGGCGGCGGCGCCUCCCGCGACUACCGGGACAGGCGCCCCGACCAUCGUCCCCGCCGCACCCCGUCCCCGUCCCCGGACCGCCGCCCGCGCCGCCCGAGGGGCGUGGGCGACGACAGCGACCAGCCCCGCGGCGGCCGCAUCGGCUAUGGCAGCGGCGACCGCAGCCCGCCCCGGCGCGAGCGCACUGGCUACGGCGACCGCCACGCGUCCCCCCGCCGCGGGCGCAUGGAAUAUGAGGAUCUCCGCGACCCGCCCGGCCGAGGAACCAACAGGGAAUACGGCGGCGACCGUCACUCGCCCCGCGGGCGCAGGGAAUACUCGCCCCCCGUGGCUAGGGACUACAGAAGGGGGGCGUACCGCGAGGAGCGGGACCGCUACGACCGCCCUGGCCGCGGCAAUGAUCAUGGCUACGAGACACCGCCGGCAUACAUGCUGCCCGACCAUCCUUCCGACCUGGGGCGGCCAUCCCAACGUGCCGGGAAGAAGGAAAGCGACUACUUUGGUGGCUCUGGCGACCGUGGCCUUCUCAAGGACGACUACCUUGGGGGAGGCCAUGCUCCCCAGAGCAUUGGCAAGGAGAGCGAGUUGUUUGGGGACGGUGUGACGCUCAGAAUUAGUGCAAAUGAACUGGGAAGGACUACCACGAUGUACUCCCAAGACCGCAGGUCGCCCCCGCUCCGGAAGUUACCACCACCAAGGGCUGUGUUGUCUCCACCACCUCUUUAUCCCUCUGUGCCACUGGAGACUGGAUUCUUGACAGGGGGAUCUGCCAUGAAGGCCAGUGCUGAUUAUGGUGCUGGAAGCACCCACCUGCUGGACGAGGAUGGCAAUUUUAAGUACCAUAAGCAUUCUCAUGACACUUACAUUGAGAGGAGUAGAGAUAUGGAGAGACAUUAUUCUGGCGGUAGGGAUUUAGUUGCUGAGAAAGGUGGAGGAACUGAAAGGUUUUAUUCUGCUGGGAAUGUGCCUGCUGGGAGGGUUAGAGAGACAGAGAUGCUUUACUCUAGUAGGGCUAUGCUGGAGCCUGACCUGCUGCCAUCAACACAGUUGAAGGUUCUUGGCGAUUCUUCCUCAGCUUUGCUUGCUAAGGACCAUGCAUACAGGAUGCACACUGAACCUGACUAUGAGCCAGGCAAUGGAUACAUCAUGGAUGGCCUUGGCAGGUCAUCUCAUGACUCACUAGGGCAUGGGAGUGGACAUCCUCAUAGGUUAUCAGGAAGUCCAUUAGAGCAUGGCAGUGCUCAUGGUGAUGAAGCAUUACUGGAUAUUGCAAGGCAUUCACACCCUAAGCGUGCACCAAGAGCUGCAUCCAUCGAGUAUAAUGCACAUGAUGAAUAUGCCAGAAGGAAUCUCAUAAAUGAUGCAUAUGCUGCACCGGAGAACUUACGUGUGAGUGCCUCACUGAAUUCAAGGCACAUAUCAGCUGCAGCAUCUUUGAGAGGCAUCAGGGAUGAAAGGAUUAACCACCAUCUGAGGCUACCCCAUAGGAUUGAAGAGUUUGAGAGUAGCUUUGAAGCCAUGCAUCAAGACACAAAGCACUUAAAUCAGCAUUCUUAUGACGGUGAUGCUUCCGUACAGUACCCAACAGCAAGGGGUGGUAAUGAUCGCCACUCCCGUUCCCCUGAAUCUGAGCCCAUUGGAAUUGUGAGGCGACCAGCUCGUCAUCAUGAGUCUGCUUCAUUUGAGAACUUAAGUGACCAAGAAGUUUCACCUAUGGCUUCUAGGAAAAGAUACAGAAGUCCUGCAUAUCCAUACCAUGAUGUGUAUCAAGCUGAUGGGUUUGCAGAAUAUGAGCCCUAUGAUGAUGAUAUGGAUGCAUAUGACCUACCCUCACCUGGAGUGUCAAUAUAUGACAUGGUUGAUGAUGAUGAAUAUGAUGGAAGAUAUGAUAUGCCAACUAACCGCGGUGUUUUCUCAAGGCUUGCUUUGCCACAUGAAAACAAUGGGGAAUGGACUGAUAUGGAUCAGGGCCAUCCUCAUUCUGACAUCUUGACUUACGGGCGUUCAAAACACAUACCUAUGUCUCAAAGGCUAUCCAGACCCAAUUCCCACUCACAAUUCUGGGGAACUUCUAUGCAUGGAAGAGGAAGAGGAAGAGGAAGAGGAGGAUUGUCUAAGAGUGCAAAAAAGAGACUGAAAACUGCGCCUCAUCAAUUUCAUGGUGGAUAUCCAUCAGAGAAAAAUGAAUUUAUUAAGCCAAAUAAAAUCUCUAAGUUUUCAGAAGACAAUCCUGAUGCUUCUGAAGUGAAGCAUGAAGAUGCUCCAGACUAUGAGGAUCUUCCUGUGCAGAAAGAUCCACCAGAAGGUUCAGAGGAAUUCAGGAAGCAGGUUCAUCAAGCCUUCCUUAACUAUGCAAAGAUGUUAAAUGAGAGCCCAGCCACGCAGAAGAAAUACCGCGAGGCUACAAAAGGAUCUUUGUCUUGCUGUGUCUGUUGCAGUGUUGCAAGGAAGUUUCCAGAUAUUGAUGCCUUGCUGUCACAUGCUUACAAUACAUGUAAAGAGGGGUUGAAGACAAGACACUUAGGGUUUCACAAAGCACUCUGUGUUUUGAUGGGGUGGAAUUGGCUUGUUGCUCCUGACACAUCUAAAGCCCAUCACUCGAUUCCAUCCGAGGAAGUGAAUGCCAUGAGGGGAGAUCUCAUGCUGUGGCCUCCAGUGGUUGUGAUACAUAACAGCUCAAUUGUGAACAAGGCAAAGGAUACUGAAGCAAAGAUUGUGUCCAUGGGAGAAAUUGAAGGUGUCCUGGCAGAUAUCGGGGUACCACGUGAGAAGUUGAAGGUUAGCCAUGGAAGACCUGCUAAUCAGAGUGUCUUCCUGGUAAAGUUCCAGCCAACAAUAUCUGGGUUUCAGGAAGCCAAGAGAAUCCACAAUCAUUUCUCCAGCAGGAACCACGGCAAGGAAGAAUUCCAGCAGAUGCGAGAUGGCAAAGGUAAGAAGGCUGCUCUUGUUGACAACCUUGAAGAGCUGCUGUAUGCGCAUAUUGCGGUGGUUGAAGACCUGGUUUACCUAGAUGAGGAAGCAAAGAGGAGAUGCAAGAUCAGGAGCAAGAAGGAAGUCGAGGCCAAUGCGGAUGCCACGCUAAACUAGAUUAGGUUAUUAGGCUCACUAGGAUUUUACUAGGAUCUGAACUGCUCAGGUGGGUGGUCCUCCAUUUCGCCCAAUCCUACGGCUGCUUGUCCGAGUGGCUGUAACGUUAGGAGCGCACGAAUUCUGCUUCUGCCACUAAGUGAUGGAAUCCCAGUUGCAUUUUGGUUUUUUGCCACUGGGACCCUUCAUGUCGGGAAAACAAACUUUGUGGGGGUGUCCCGUGGCACAACGAAAGGAUUCGGGUCCUUAAUGGCAAAAAGCAGAACUGCCUCGGCGAAGAAUCGAUGGGAGUAUGAUACAUUGUAUCGACUGGAUGUUUGUAUUAUGUUAUGCAAGCCCUUUUCUUUUGUCGUUGAUCU